AUGAGAAGUCUUUACAGACGAUUCUUCGAUCGCCUUCGACGGAGAAUCCUUCUGAAGGAUCCCCGUGGAAAUAUCAUUUGCCUCCCCCCUGAGAUCAUCCUAGAAAUCGCCGAGCACCUCUCCAAUGUCUCGUUGAUCUCACUCAGCCUUACCUGUCGACCCUACCACAUUCUACUUUCAACAUUCACCCGCAAUGUUAAACUCGAAGCAACAGAAUUGGAAGACUUCCUACAGAUACUGGAAAAGGAUUGCGCCAGCUCAUACUUUUGCUACAUCUGUGUGAGGCUUCACCAACGGGACCGACGUGGGAUGGUUGAUCCCUGUAACUGCUACAAGUGGGAUUGCAGAAAAAACUGUUUUCUUCACUUCAACUUUCAUAUGUGGUUCGACCCCGGUUUGAUGAUAAAAUAUGCCGAGGCGCGACUUAUCAUGAAUCGCCAUUUCAACGGCCCUACCCACGGACUCUCUCUCGAUACGCUUAACUACCAUGGAAAUAUCCAUCGAUACAAUGAUGAUGGCACAGAACUAUGGACAUCCAUUGCUCGCAUAAUUCAAGAUGAACUAUUCCUCCAAAGGACUAUGGUGAUAUGGAUUCCAAAAUAUCUAGGAGUGCAGGAGAUUCAGCAUGGCCUUUACUUUCCUGUAUGCCUUCAUGUUCGAAGCAAUAUCAACUACGGCUGUCGUAGUUCAGCGAGAAUAGGUCUAUAUGGCUUACCAGAAGUGGCAGAACUGUCGGAAGCGUUCAAGUCCUGUGAUAACUUACUGGGGUCGUGCCCCAUCUGCUUUACUGAUUACUCCAUAACUAUACGUUGGGAGAGUCACCAGAGGCAAGGCUGGCGCAUAGAGGUUGUGAGUUAUCAGCAGUUUGGUCAUUGCCGAUCUCCUUAUGAUUGGAAGUGGAGAGUUGCUGUGGAAAGGAGUACUUGGAACGAACCAAGAUGCCGGACUCAGAACCCGGGGCUUGUGCGGCAGCGCUGGAUGUGUCCAGAUGGCCGCAUACAACCAGAGGGCAAGUUUGUUGGCAAGGCUCUCCGAGAGCCCGGUGGUAUACUUGGCUCAAGGCGCUGUCCUUGGGGAGCCUCAUGCGAAAGGAGGCCAGAGUGUGAAGAGCACUACAAUGCGAACCGCCCAUCGCAGGAUGACAUUUUCAGACAUCUUGUCGCCUGGUCUGACCCGACUGAAGUUUAA